CAAACGAAAUAAUUUAUUUCAAUCUAACAACAACCAUUCGAAUAAAGUUCACAUUUUACAUUCUUACACAUUCGAUUUUUCCUCCCCGAACGGAGGAAAAAAACAAAAAAAACUAUUCUCGGGUCCGUGUUCAUUGAACAAAUGUUCGGUAUUGAAAAUAUCACAGCUUAAUAAGUAAAGUUUAAUCGAAACUCAAACAAUGGCACAUAAUUCAAGCGAGAAUUUAAUCCAAUCGGAUAGUUCUACAUCAACAGAUGAAUUAAACAAUGGUUCACAUUCACGUUCGAUGGAAAAAGUUUCAAAGAAAAUGUUCCAUAAGAAGAAAACUGCAUUUGUUGGUGCUAAUUCGGUUACAUCGUCCAGUGUAACAUCAUCUCCACAACAACAUCCGAUUAUUGUUGUUGGCACAGCAGAUGUUCAUCGGGCAUUAUCUCCACCCAAACCAUUACCACGCAAACAAUUGUCGAUCGAUUCAGUGGGAACAAGCAGAAAGCAUUUCGCCAAAGUUGAUGAUAUCGUUGAGAUGUCGGUGUCGUCCGGUGACUCUGAAUCGAACAACAGGGAACAUGUGAAACCAAGCAUUGCUAAGAGAGAGGAAAUAGAACUACUUGAACUUAAAUCGCCGUCUGGCAGUUCCGGUGCCCAUUCUGACCGAGCCGAAGAACCGAAAAUGUUUUUCGCUAGGAGUAGGAAAAACACGAUUAUAACAAACAUCGACGAAAUAUCGCCAAAGAGUUCGGGCAGAACGGAUACAUCUUUCCGAAGUGAAAGCAAAUCACUAAAAGAAGUGAAACCAUUGCCAAAACCUCGCCAGCACGUUGAGCCGCAGUACGAAAUUGUUCAUGAGAAAUCGCCAGAGAAACAGACUGAGAUGCCAUUACACCAUUCCGUGAGUGAAUUGUCGAAAUCGAAUUCAAUCGACUCGGGUAGUGAAACAUAUACAGAGAGUGAGCUUAGUGAUAGUAAGAAGGACAAAUUAACUCAAGAAAUGACUGAUGUACAAAUUGAACGAGGAACCACUCAAAGGGACGACGAGAUAGAGAGACUCGUAGGGAUUUACAUUCAUUCCAGUAGCGAACUAAAAUUUGACUACAAUGUCCAUAAGCCAGUGGUGCGUUGUUCUAUUAUAGAUACGACAAGUGGACAACUGCUAAGAAAUAGAAAAGUAAAUGGGAGAACUCAGACGCAAGGACCUGAUGAGAAAGAUACCAUUCAAGCAGUCAUGACGAAGGGAUGUCGAUUUACAAGUUCUAGCAUAUUCCAAUGUCAAUGGGAACAGCUUCUGAUCAUCAACGAAAGCAUCACGCAAUUGAUGCACGACGACAUCAUAAUAUUUUUCGAAAUAUUGGACACAGCCUCCAGUGAGUCGAGUCUGUUUUUCAGUAAAGCUUCCCGAGAUAAAAAUGACUGGCACUACGUAUGCUGGGGAUUUCUGAGACCCGGUGAUGGAAACAAAUCGUCCAACGUUGAUAGACGCAGCUGUUUGCAGUUGUAUCGCUAUCAACGGCGGAAUUUAUUGCGAAAAUGUUCCUUAAACGUCUACGACCAAUUUCGAUUCAAUAGAAUCAGAUAUCCUGCAACUCUUACCGUUACCGUGAAAGGAAUAAUUCCAUCUGAUGAAUCACGACUCAAUUUCCCCAAAGAAGCAACCAAUCAACCAAACACCGAAUUUCGUAAAAUAAAAUCCGAAGCACAGAAAGUAACUGACACAGAAAAUGCCAGCAUCACAACAGCAAACGUUCUACGACGACUACCGGGUCAAAUAUGCAAGCAUCCGAACACCAUACACAAAACCCAUCUACAGCCAUCGUCGAAAGGAUGCUUGGCAUCGAAAUUCAGUCCCAAUGGUCAAUUUCUCGCAUAUUCAUUCUGUUCAGAUUAUAAUAUUCAGAUAGCAACAGUAUCCGACUUAAAAGUUAUCAACACAUUACGUGGUCACACCAAUUUUGUUUAUGAUUUAGAUUGGUUGGUGGAUAAAAGAAAAAAUUCAUUUCCGCUACAUUUGGUGUCGGCUUCGUCGGACCGAAGUGCCAUUCUGUGGACUAUCGAAAAGGACGGAAUUUCACUUACGAUUCUUCCACAUCCCUCGUUUUUAUACACUGCUAAAUUCUUAGUUAACUUAUCAACGGAUGGAUGUGGUUUAUUUGCCGUUACUGGGGGACGAGAUUGUACGAUACGAGUGUGGAAAAUUGGACUGGAUCACAAUUUCGAUCUGCUACAAGAGUCUAACGACCAUGAGAACUACAUUACAUCGAUUGUCUGUCCGACGAAGAGCAACGGUUUCUAUUCAAGUGACUGGAAUGGAUUUAUUUUCGAAUGGUCCUAUCAAACCAUUUCGAACAACUUCCAAGUUACUAGGAAAUUUCCAAAACUGAACGACGGCAUUUCUUCCCUUCAACUUCAUCCGAAAAACGAACAAAGACUGUACGCUCAACUGAAUACUCAUCAAAUCGUCUGCUUGGACACAACGAACGAAAUUGUUUUAAAUUCUCUGGGCUCAACUGACGACGAUCGACGGAUAAAUAAUAAAUUCACAAUAUCACCGUGUGGAUCAACAGUCUACACCAUUCUUGGGGACACCAUUCACAUGUACAACAUUCUGACCGGAUCGCUGCAAAGUUCAUUUAACGUUCCACACGUGAAAAAUCGGAGAGGCUCGUACAUCAGCCACUUGGACUAUCAUCCGAAAUUGUUUCUUCUAUGCGCAGCACUUUAUGGACCGAAUGGUGGAAUAGUACUGUUGUCCCACAAAACGGAUGGAUCGAAUGGUGCCACGGCAGCACCGGUUUGUCAAGACAGUUUCGAUGAUCGAUGGAUGUUGUUGAAACAAAAUGUGAAUCCUAAUUCGUCCGAACUGUUGGGAAAUAUCAUUCGGAGGAUUGACGACAUCUUGCACCAACCGCAACCGAAUAAAAAUGAAACGGACGAUUUGAAGAAUGAAAACAUUGCAAAUGGGAACCAUCGAACGCACGAUAGCGAUCAAACAGUUGCUGAUGGAGCAGUCGGUUCUGUUGAGGUUGGAUCGUUGACGAUUGUAAGCGAAACUGAUUCGGAUGUUGAAAGUGGUGGAACAUUUACGGUGCGCAGCCGAUCGAUAUCGGAAGUGUCGAAUAGGACGUUUACGCUGAAUAAAAAUGCUGGUGGCUCGAAUGGUUUAGCGCGAGUCAAUGACGGCACAUACAGCAUUAAAAGUGGUAGUGAUUCGGACGACACAACAAUAUCGGAGUCGAUGUAAAUCGCAGACUUUUCACGGAACAUUAAAUUCGAUUUUUUUCGAUUGAUC